AAAAUCGAUACUAACUUGAAAAUUGUGCUCAAGUACAUUCUGCCUAUUGUUUUUACAUGAACCUGGUUAAUGUUUAGUUGUGGACGAGUGCUCGAAAUGGCUGAAAGAAGCUGGAUUCACUGAAUUGUCUGAUGGAAAGCAGUGGAAGCUGAAACCAGGAUCAAAAUACUUUGUUACAAAAAACAGGUCAGCAAUAGUCGCUUUUGCUGUUGGAGGUGGCUUCGAGCCGGGCAACGCGGUUAACAUAGUCGCCACUCAUACCGACAGCCCCGGAUUGCGACUGAAACCGGUCUCAAAAAUCACCAGCGUUGGUUAUGCUCAGGUCGGGGUGUCAACGUAUGGCGGUGGCAUUUGGCGAACGUGGUUUGAUCGUGACCUUACCGUUGCCGGUAGGGUGAUUGUCAAGGACGGUUCGAAGUACGUGCAUAAGUUGGUUCAUGUGCCUCAUCCGAUUCUGUAUAUUCCGAACCUGGCAAUACACUUUGAUCGGCAGACCAAUGAACUUUUCACUUUUAACGCCGAAGAGCAUCUGCGACCUUUUCUAGCCACCUUCACUGACGAGGAAUUGAAAAAAGGGAGCGGAAAUGACAAACCACAUCAUCAUUGUUUGUUGAAAGAAUUGGCUACGACGAUGGGCAUUCACACCGGAGAAAUAGUGGACUUUGAUUUGUGUGUUAUUGAUACGCAACCCGCGUGUCUGGGCGGCCUGAAAAAGGAGUUCGUCUUUGGUGGUCACUUGGAUAAUCUGGUGGGGACAUUUUGCGCCAUUACUGCAUUGAUCAAAGCGACGGAAACUGGUCUUGAGAGCAACAAAAAUCCGGCGGUUCAUAUGGUCGCUGCUUUCGACAACGAGGAGUGUGGAAGCGAAUCAGCCCAGGGCGCAAGGUCGGCGUGGAUGCAAUGGAUUCUGCGCCAGAUAAAUGCCGAUUCAUUGAACACGACGGCAUUCGAGCAGUCGAUAGGGAACUCGUUUUUACUGAGUGCCGACGAGGCGCAUGCCGUAAACCCAAAUUACGUGUCGAAAUAUGAGGCGAACCAUCAACCAAGGUUCCACAAGGGCGUCGUCGUGAAGAUAAAUGCCAACCAGCGUUAUGCGACGACCGCCAUAACCAGCUCGAUGCUCAAGGACCUAGCGAAAAUGGCCAAGGUCCCAUUGCAGGCAUUUGUGGUCCGUAAUGAUUCUACUUGUGGUACGACCGUUGGACCAAUCCUCGCUGCAGAUUUGGGCAUUGAAACGGUCGACGUUGGUACCCCUAUGCUUUGCAUGCAUUCCAUUCGCGAAGUCACGGACACUACGGGCUUGUAUUAUGCUCAGCAGUUGUUUAAAGUAAGGUUUCGCCGUUUUCGGGCGUUUUAUGCUAAUUUAUGGUAUAAGGAAACAACGUAAAG